GCCACUUUAGUCGGCGAAUGGCGCCUGGUUAUUUUGCUUAACUAUUUAUUGUAAGUUGUGAAUUGCCUAUUUCAACAAUGGAGGAAAUACUAAGAAAAUUACUGCUUCCGGAUAAUGAAAAAAUACAAGAGGGUACUGCUGAACUUCGAGAAGCAUUUAAGAAACCAGAAAGUACACCAGCACUAUGUCAAAUUGCCGUUUCAGCGUCCAGUCCAGAGAUGAGACAAUAUGCAGCAGUUCUUCUCAGAAAACGUUACGGCAAAUGGAAGAACUGGUUGGCUUUACAAGAGCAAAUUCGCGUCGAAUUCAAGGCAGUUAUCCUGCAGAGUCUCGUUAACGAGCCCGAGAAGUCAGUGAAAAACGCUAUAGCUCAAUUAAUCGGAGUGAUCAUUAAGCAUGAAUUGCCCAAAAAUGAAUGGCCAGAAGCUCUUCAAUUUGUGCAGCAGUUAAUUACGAGCGACAAUAUGAUUGAGAAAGAGUUGGGCUUGUACACCCUCUCAAUAAUUACCGAGAUAGCCUACGAUGCAUAUUUGCCUACUUCCGAAUCGAUAAUGGUUGUGCUGAACCAAACUCUGCAUAGUGUUCAAGAUCUUGCGAGUCCUGUUGCCUACUAUGUUUUGAAAACGAUGCUUAAUUUCGUACCUUUCGUCUCCGGCAAUCAGCCUAUGGUGAAUGCUUAUCACGAAAUGAUGCCACGAGUGAUGAACACAGUUGCUGCCUUGUCCCAAUUGCACGAAGAAAAAGCCGCCGAAAGUUUCGAAUUGUUGGAGGAGCUUUGUGAGAAUGCUGUUACUGUUGUGUCGCCUCAUUUAAAAACUCUCAUCAGCAUGUGCCUUACCAUCGCCAACAACAAAGCCCUAGGUGAUGAUUUGAGAGUUAAAGCUAUUAGUGUCGUCGGUUGUCUUGCGAGAACUAAGAAGAAGGCGAUAGUUAAAAGCAAAAUGGUAGAACCUAUUAUAGAUACUCUAUUUGCCCUCAUGUCGUCACGACCUGAUGACGAAAACGAGGAAGUUUACUUCAAUGGAGAGAAUGAAGACAAAACCCCAAUGACAUGCGCAACCCAAACUUUAGAUUUACUCGCUCUUCACUUACCUCCUGAUAAAUUGGUUCCACACUUGUUAAGACACGUGGAGCCGGGUUUGGAGGGUGCAGAUAUCUACGGUAAAAAGGCAGCUUAUUUGGCAAUGGCAGUUCUAGCAGAAGGCUGUUCUGAAUACAUUCGAUCAUCCUACCUCGAAACUUUCGUUCGCUGCAUUUGCCGAGGAAUCACAGAUCCAACUCCGGUAGUUCGAAAUGCUGCUCUUUUUGCUCUGGGACAGUUUUCGGAACAUCUUCAGCCUGACAUAAGUCGCUAUUCCUCAGAGCUGUUGCCCAUUUUAUUCGAGUACCUCGGGCAGGUUUGCACUUUCAUCAAGCAGGAGAAGAAAGAACCACCAUCGGUCGAUCGAAUGUUUUACGCUCUGGAGAUGUUUUGUGAAAAUUUGAACGAAAGUCUGUUGCCGUAUCUUCCGACUCUGAUGGACAGGUUGUUCGAAACUUUGGCUCCUGAGUCGCCAGUGCAUGUCAGAGAACUUUCUCUGAGCGCAAUUGGCGCAGCAGCCAAUGCUAGUAAAGAUAACAUGGUUCCUUACUUGGAAAGAAUUCUGGCGAUACUCAAUCCUUAUUUGACUGAAAAGCAAUCGGAGGAGACAAUGUGCCUACAAAUUCAAGCAGUCGAUACUCUCGGUGUGCUUGUUCGAACCGUGGGAGAAAAAGUGAACAAUUCGUCGACGACUGCUUUAGCUGCCAGAUCACUUGAAUGUGGCAUGAAUUUGUUAAAAGAAACUAACGAUCCUGACUUGAAGAAAUCUGUCUAUGGACUUUUCGCUUCCGUUAGUAUGGUUAUGAAGAGGGAUAUGAAUUUUGCACUCUCUCCAAUUGUCGAUAAGAUGAUCAAUAGCAUUAAAAGCUCUGAGGGUGUUGUGACGCACUAUAAAGACAAUGAAGAUGCCGCAUUUCCCGUAUAUGAUAAUUACGGCGCUAAUAGUGAAAGCGAAGGAGAAGAAGAUAUCGAAAAUACAGACAACGAGGACGACGAUGAGGACGACGAUAUUGCCGGAUUCAGUGUCGAGAACGCCUACGUUGAGGAAAAAGAGGAGGCGAUUCUCGCACUGAAGGAGAUCGCACAACACACAGAAGAAGUAUUUAUGCCUUUCCUCGAAGUCUCGUUUGAGGAGGUUUUCAAGGUCAUCAAUUAUCCUCAAGAUGACAUCAAAACCGCUGCAAUUGAUGCGCUUGCUCAGUUUGCCAUUAAUUUCUCGAAGAUUAACAGUACCGAGGGCAAAGUAGCAACCCAGAAAGUCCUGUCCGUUUUGGUACCGAAACUUUCUGAGAUAAUUAGAUUGGACUCUGAACGAACAGUAGUUAUAAGAGGCUUAGAUGCUCUUGCGGAGAUGUUGAAGGAAAUCAAGUAUGAUGUUAUUGUUGGCGAAGGACACAAGGAGGCUAUUAUGAACUGCAUUACGGAAGUUUUCGCAGGAAGAACUGAUUGCCAAGAUCAGGAGGAAGCAGAAGACGAGGAUAUGGAAGCUGAGCAAGAUGAAUUGUUGGUUGAGUGUGCGGGUGACGUGUUAACUAAUUUUGGAAGGACAAUUCCUCCAGAGGAAUUUGCUCUUUUCUUCCAAACAGUUCUCCCAUUGUUUCUAGAUAAAAUGAAAAAGAAUAAGACCGAGGCACAAAGGUCAUUUGCAGUUGGAGCGAUAUCUGAAUGUUUCUCGGGACUGAAACACGCAGCUGCACCCUUCGUUGACCAAAUUUUACCAACAUUCCUGAAACUCACCCACGAUCCGAACGCUGAGGUUCGUAACAAUGCGAUAUACGGAAUUGGGGAGAUUUCGUUCCAUGGAAAAGACUUGGUUUACAAGUACUAUCCUGACAUCCUGCAAAUUUUGUCGAAUAGAAUUCAGAAUGAGUCUCACGCUGGAGCGAGAGAUAAUGUCAUCGGUGCUAUCGCGCGACUUAUUAUUACAAAUUUUUCGAUUUUGCCCUUAGACCAAGUCUUCCCGGUAUUUUUGAAUCAAUUGCCGCUGACAGAAGACUUUGAAGAACACAAGGCUGUUUUUGAAAGCAUUUUAACUCUUUACAAAGCUGGCCACGAAGUCCUUAAACCUCACAUUACAGCCUUAAUAAAUGUCGCAAGUACUAUCCUGCGAGAUAACAAAUAUAAUAACGACGAAACAAAAAGCCUGGUUUUGGAAUUUCUCACCUCCGCCCAAAGAGAUUUCCAGAAUGAAUAUCGUGCUUUGCUUGGAAAUCAAUCGCCCGAAAUUAUUGCGAACCACCAAUCCACAUUUCCGUGUUAGACGAAUAAUAUAUUUAUAAAAUGUUUCGAUACAAGGUCAGUUUGCUGACUAAUGCUACUCAAAUCAUUUGAGCAUCUAAUUUUUUAAAUCAGCCAAGAUUUUUAAAUUUCACUUAUGAGAGAGUUCGAGUUUUACUUUUCUACAAAAAAUCUUGUAAAUAGGAAUGCUUUCUAAUUUUCUAAUUUUUUAUAAAAAAAAAUUUAAAUGGUAAGUUGAAUAAUAUAGAAAAAAGUUUUGAAUUUAAAAAUAGUCGUACCAUUUUCAAAAAUGCUUGAUACAAUCUUCAAAAGAUUAUUAACCGAAUUUGGAACCAAAUAAUUUAUUCAGAGUAUAACACAUCUAUUAAAAAAUGCAGAUACCACUUUUCAAGCAAUGUUUUCAUAAAAUGGAAACUUUGUCUACAAAUAUAAAUAUAGAAAGUGCAAAAACCUUGGCUUUUUCUACAAUUAAGGUGUUUAUCUUCUUUAAACGUGAUGUGCUCAUUUUUUGCGAUGAUUAUUUUUGUUUGUGUUUAAAUUUCUGUACCGGUAUCUAGUCGUCAAACUUUUCUCCUUACAUAUAUUAUUUAGAAAUAACUUUCUCGUAUUAAAAAUAAAUUUCUCUUGAAAAGUGGAUCACCGGAAAUAUAUUCUGAUUAUCUUGGAAAAUUAUAUAAAAUCAUUUAAUUUUUAGAUCAAUAAUUAAAUUUUAGAACAAAUUUAAAGGGGCAUCAUAAAUAAGGAAGAGAGGUAGACAUAUUUUUCUGCUUGUCUCCAACAAAGGUACUUUCUCUAAACUAUUUUAUUUUGUUUUAAAUAUAUAAAGAAUUAAUUAAUUCUGCAGGUUUUCAAGACGAAGCUCAAUUAUAAAAACUGUUUCAAUGUAAGAAAACUUUAUGUGCACUGAUGCUUAAGCAAUUUCUAUUUUUGUUUUUUGUACUCAAUUCAAAUUAAGGAAUGUGUGAGAGUAUGCAUGACACAAUAUUGAACAUUAUUGAAAAUAGUUCAUAUGGAAACAGAGAGUGAGCUUUUCCAACUUUUUGUGAUAUGAUUACACGUACUGAGAAGUUGCAACACUGUAGUCUUUGAAUAAAAGUGUUUUUAUGAAUGUUAUAUU